AUGAAUGAACGCGACAGUAUCGCUCCUUCAGAACCACAGUCGAGAACUCAGCAGUCGGCUGUCGACUCCUCCUUGCGUCCUUUGAGCCCUUCUCCGUCGUCAUUACAUCAUCAUCCACUUAGAUCGAUGAACCUUUCUCCACCGUUGUUACGUGGUUCUUCGUCAUCGGCUCAUGUGGACCUUCAUCGCCUACUUCGUGAGUGUUUCAGUAACUUCUUGGAGCUACCUCUUUCUCCGGGUGUUGUUUCCUCUACUAGUUCGGCUGAUGGAGACUACCAAAAUACUUUAGACCUCAAAGACGAGUAUACUGCUGAUGAAUUGAAAAAGAUUUCAAAAUGUACUAAACUUACCGAGAUGAAAUCUGAUCCUAAGAAAGUCAGAGGAAUCUUGGCAAACAGAGAAGCAGCUGCACAUUCAAAGAAGAGGAAGUCACAGUACCUUCUUGACUUGGAACACCAAGUAAAUUUUCUUGAGAAGGAUAUCACUUUGAUGCAAGAAAAAGAGAUGCUUUUGGAGAUUUCAAAAUGUACUAAACUUACCGAGAUGAAAUCUGAUCCUAAGAAAGUCAGAGGAAUCUUGGCAAACAGAGAAGCAGCUGCACAUUCAAAGAAGAGGAAGUCACAGUACCUUCUUGACUUGGAACACCAAGUAAAUUUUCUUGAGAAGGAUAUCACUUUGAUGCAAGAAAAAGAGAUGCUUUUGGAGAAUGCUAAAAUCAUGCUGAUUGAUGAGGAGAAGGAGUUCAUGAUUCGACUUGAAUCGUUGGAGCAACAAGCAAAACUUCAUGACGAAAUCAAAAGUCCAAAGGCGACGACAACGUUGAACGAACAAUUGAGUGUGGAAGCACAACGGCUGAAGGAAGUAUUAGCAUCAAACGAACAAUUGAGUGUAGAAGUCCAGCGGCUAAAGAUGGCAAUAGGUGAUGUGAUGCAUAACUACGGCUAUCAAAUUGACCCAAACAUCUUGCGACAACUCACCAUUAAUGAGUCCGAUCAGUCACAGACAAACAAGCAGCACUGA